CUGGGCAAUUGUGGAAACGACAUAGGUUUUCAAUGAGGAUUAUUCUGCGAUACCCAUCUGGUAUUUCUGCCAACGUCUUCAGAACUCGAUCCGCUAUUUUAUACUGUCGCAUUUUAUAUGUCCGUUUACGCGUUUGGAUGCAUUAAGUAUAUGUGUUUUUUCUUUAUAUUAUUUCAUUGCUUAUUUUACAAAUUAGUUAAACAGUAAUGUUUAAAUAACGUUUAAUUGGAGUUGGUUUGACGAACGGAAAAUACAAUGACAAUUCAUUGUCUUAAAUGAAAUGAAUGACUUGCAUAAUUAUAUUGGUUGCAUUUUUAAAGGGUCUGAAAUCAGUAUCAGGGUAAACUUAAGCGGCUUCCAGAUAUCUGUAAAAAAUGUUACGUGAAGUUGUAUGAGUCCAACUUCUGGAUUCCCAGUAAUCUGGCAGACAGGCAGCAUGUCUGCUUGGCGUUUUUCCGUAAAGUUUCCCAUAAAUGCGGAGCUGACAUAUAGGUCUGCUGAACUUCGAGACACAUUAAUGCUUCCAUGACGCUGGAACUUGCUGGGUAGCCUCAGAUGGAGAGUAUUUACAGCCUUACCACAAGCUGGACCCAGGUUUCUCCUUACAAUUACCUCCGAGGGGGAAAGAGCCCAACGCGAAGAGAGAAAGGCUCCAGUAAACUGCAGCCUUCUCCCCUCCUGCAGUUUCUGCUCGUUGGAGCCCAAAAUGCUAUUUGUCGUAUCCUUCGCCUGGGCCUUCCACGAGAUGCCCCCGCCCAAGUACCAGCACCGAGACCCGGUGACGUCCGAGCUGCACCUGUGUGACCAGUGCCCCCCAGGAACGGCCGUCAAACGGCACUGUAGCGCCGGCGUGCCCACUGUGUGCGCCCCCUGCCCGGAGAACCACUUCUCGGAGCAGUGGCACUGGGGAGAGACGUGCCAGUACUGCACCUCCGUUUGCAAAGAGCGCCAGCUGGUGGUGAGGGAGUGCAACAGCACGCACGACCGUCUCUGCGAGUGCGCGCAAGGCUACCACCUGGAAGUGGAGUUCUGCGUGAAACAUGCGACGUGCGCCCCCGGCUGGGGGGUCUCAGCACCAGGCACCCCAGACAGCGACACGGUCUGCGAGAGGUGUUCGCAGGGUUACUUCUCCAGUGUCGCCUCGGCGACAGAGCCCUGCCUCCCCCACAGGAACUGCAGCCGUAUGGGGCUGCGUGUGGCGCAUCCGGGGACGGCCACGCAGGAUGAGACCUGCGAAUGCGACCAGGGCCCCCCACAGUGCCGCACAGACACCACGCUCUGCCAGGAAGCCAUCUUUCACUUCUUGGCCUCGCAGCGGCUCUGCUCGGAGCCCCUGGACCCCCAGCUGUCAGCCAAGAAGAUGGAGAAGAAAGUCACCGAGCACGCAAAGGUGUCCUGCAGGCCCGGCCAACAGACCCUGAAGCUCCUCAGAUUGUGGAGGGAACAAGCCAAGGACAAGGAUGAGAGAGUUCUCCUGCGAGGGGUGAGCCUGUGCGAGAAGAAAGUGUCCAGGUGUGUCGGCCUUAGGAACUUGUCCCUGAGUGACUUGACAGCGGUGAUGGACAGCCUGCCAGGCAGCAGGGUGCGUCAGGAGGAAGUCCGCCAGAUGGCUGGCUCCUGCCCGUCCCAGCAGUCCAUUCUGCGGCUACUGCUCCUCUGGAAGUCCCAGAACAAGGAGAGGGACCUGGCGCAGGCCCUGACGCAGAGCCUACCCAAGCUGAAGGCCAAGGACGUCACGCCGCUGGUCCUGAGAGAUGUACGGAAGAUCAGCCGCAUUUUCAGCGCGUCGUCCCUGCACAAGAUGUGCAAGAAGCUGCUGUUUGACAAAAGUCAGGACAGCAAGUGCUUCAGAGCCAAGUCUUACAAUGACUAAUCCCUGCGGGGAACGGAGUGUGAGAACUGAACUUUAUUUAUAAGUUGUAUAUAGUACUAGGUCUGACAGGAACCUCUGAUUAAUGAAAUGGAAAGUAUAUUUGUAUUGUGAUUAUAUAGGUGUGUCUGAUUUCAAAAUGAAAUCUGUAUCCAUUUUAUUUGGACUAUUAUUAUUAUUUAUACAGCUCUAUUAAGUGUUGUCCGUUUAAAUGAAUGUAUUAAAGAGUGCAAUUUUUCUGUGUUUUUGUAUUAUUAAAAUGACAUCUAGCUUGUGUUUGUCGGGAAAAUGGAAUCCAUGCUUUAACAAAACAUUUCAAUUGUAAGAAAUGGUUGUUUUGAAGUUAAUUUUUGUAUAAGUUAAAUAUUCAGGUAUUGUAUUAAUGCAUUUUUACUAAAAUAUUUGAGUUAAAUAAAUUCUAAGACACA